AUGAUUCUGAAGUUCAAGACAGGAUUUGCGUGGCUGAACGUGAGUCAUCGUUUGAACUGGAGAUAUUCUGGCAAAAUUACAAAUGCUUUAUCCGGAUUCCUCAUCAUUUUAGCAGAAAACUUUCCAGAGGGUACUUCACAAAUCGGGAAAGUUCAUACGCCGCGGGUCGUUGGGGGAGAUACAGCUGAACCCGGACAAUUUCCGUACAUAGUUGACAUAACGUUGCACGACAUACACGGCCCGUUUUCCUCCUGUGCUGCCAGUAUCAUUACAGAGGACUUUCUUCUUACAGCUGCAUGCAUAAUUAUGAUAAUCCUGAUCUUUAUUCUCGCCAAAAAAACUGGUUGGAUCGUUCAUGAAAGAUCACUGCUGGGGAACACAACGUGCGGGAAGAUGAUGGAACCGAACAAUUCAGAUCAACAAUCAGGAUUAUCCCCCACGAGGAAUUUCGUUCCAAACACACCGUACCUCAUUAUGGGAUGGGGUACACUGCAAUACGAAAGCGAUGAAACGCCGGAUGUGUUGCAGUGGGGAAUCGUGGAAUACGUGGAUUUGAAGACAUGCAGAGAAAACUAUGUGACUGUGCCGUUUCCAGUCACUGACGAUAUGAUUUGUGCUGGCAGAACUGACGAAAGAAUUGAUACAUGCGAAGGUGACUCCGGUGGGCCGCUGGUAGACAGUGAGACGGGCAAACUCGUUGGAAUUGUUUCUUGGGGGCAUAAAUGUGCUGAACCUGAGUUUCCCGGAGUUUACACGAAUGUUGCGUACUUCAUCGACUGGAUCCACGAAAAAAUUAGUGCCGCUGCUUCUGUGUGA